UGCUCUGAGGCCUGGCAGCUGCCACCUUUGUGUUGCUGCAUGAGAGCUACAGGCCGCUGGGACAGCAAUCUAUUGCUCGGGGGCCGUGGCAAAAGAAGUAGAAGAACUGGCCGCAUACUUUAAGAUAGUUCCCUGCCAGAGAGGAGGACGGGGGGGGGCAUCUCUUCCAGAUCACCGUCCUGACACGUCUGCUCCUCACACUUCCAUCUGGUGCGCUGCUCCUGCCCGUCUCUGCAUCUCCCGCGCUGCCACCACUGCAUAGCUUGCUCCCUACAUGUUGGUGAAUUUCAUUAUGGGAUGGGGGGACGCCGUAGUAUGCACCUACUCCAGGUGACGUGGCCCGAUGCUCCUCAGCAUCUGCUCCAGGUGACGUGACCCAAUGCUGCUCCACAUCUGCUCCAGGUGACGUGGCCCGAUGCUCCUCAGCAUCUGCUCCAGGUGACGUGGCCCGAUGCUCCUCCGCAUCUGCUCCAGGUGACGUGACCCAAUGCUCCUCCGCAUCUGCUCCAGGUGACGUGGCCCAAUGCUCCUCCGCAUCUGCUCCAGGUGACGUGGCCCAAUGCUCCUCCGCAUCUUCUCCAGGUGACGUGGCCCAAUGCUCCUCCGCAUCUGCUCCAGAUGACGUGGCCCGAUGCUCCACCGCAUCUUCUCCAGGUGACGUGGCCCAAUGCUCCUCCGCAUCUUCUCCAGGUGACGUGGCCCGAUGCUCCUCCGCAUCUUCUCCAGGUGACGUGACCCGAUGCUCCUCCGCAUCUGCUCCAGGUGACGUGGCCCGAUGCUCCUCCGCAUCUGCUCCAGGUGACGUGACCCAAUGCUCCUCCGCAUCUCCUCCAGGUGACGUGGCCCAAUGCUCCUCCGCAUCUCCUCCAGGUGACGUGGCCCAAUGCUCCUCCGCAUCUUCUCCAGGUGACGUGGCCCGAUGUUACAUCUCUGAAUAUCGGCGCAGGUGUGCUUAUAAUGGUUAAGGUGGAGAUGUGGACAGGUGUGAAUGCAGGACAAGAACCUUCCUCAGGCAGGAGCCAGGCAGACGUAUUAGUAACAGGCCAUGGAGACCUUCAAUUCGAAAGAUCUUGCCCUCCAGGCGCAAAAGAAGAUUUUAAGCCGCAUGGCCAGCAAGUCCAUGGUGAACAUGUUCAUUGACGAGACAAGCAGCGAGGUCCUGGACGAGCUGUACCGAGUAUCGAAAGAGUUCACCAAGAACAAAGCAGAGUCCCAAAAAGUCAUCAAGAACUUGAUCAAGGUUGCGGUGAAAAUUGGCGUCUUGUACCGUCACCAUCGCUUCAGCCCUGAGGAGCUGGUGCUGGCUGAAGACUUCAAGAACAAGUUGCACAAUGGGGCCAUGACUGCCAUCAGUUUCUACGAAGUGGAGUUCACCUACGAGAAGAACGUGUUGCCCGACAUCCUCACAGAGUGCAAAAACUUGCUCCUCCGUCUGGUCGACAAGCACCUGACUCCCAAGUCCCACGGGCGCAUCCAACACGUGUUCAACCACUUCGCAAACCAGGAGAUGCUCGGCCAACUCUAUAACCCUGAGGGUUCUAUGAGGCCACAUUUACAGAAGAUCUGUCAUGGAAUGAACAAACUGAUAGAUGAGGGGAAAUUGUGAGUUACCGAGGCCUGAAAGUAGAAAGUGUGACUGAGCGGGAACUAGAAAUCUGUCCCAGAGUCGUUUGAACCUUGGGGGCAGUGAAUUGGUGUUCAUUGAGAUGAAUUGAAAGGACGCUCGAGUAUUGGCCAUGGAACAUUCAUGUUUUCAGAACAAGACUCCCAUCGUUAAAUAGUUCAUCCGGAAAAUGUGUGAGUUCCACUGCAUGGACCUUCCAAAAACUUGGUCAAUGACUUAUAAAGCAGGUCUUCUAUUAUUAAGAAUAUGUGGCUGACUUUUGAACAAAAAAUGGACUUGACGCUAUGUCAAGUCGCCAAUGCUUCGAUAUGAAACAAGUGUUUUACUGGUGGAGAUCAUUGGUAUCUUUCCUCUUUGUAUGUUUUGUGUGCAGUUGGGUUCUCCUCACCCUGUCUAUACAUCUAUGCAUAUGUUGUUACUUUACGUCUUUUCUAAGCACAUCUUGAUCCUGGCUUGCCCAACUUGAACGUUUGUCUACGUAGAGUGGUUUACAUUAUAGUUGCCCGUGUGGCGAAUGUACAGUAUUUUAUGUAGCUGUUACUUUCAAGUAUCUGGUACACAUCCAGCAUUGACGUAUCUUUGCCCUUGUGCUCUACAGAGAUUGUAGACCGCUCUGAAUAUAGAUAUAGACAAGAGGCUUCCAUACUGUUUUGCACCUUGAUGUUCCCUCUUGUACGUUAACUCCUGGCAUGGCAGCAUUGUGUUUACUGAUCUAUUAAACCAAAAAUUUCCGUAUGGCGGCUACAUGAUGGAAAAGGACCAACAUGGUUAUUUUGCCAAGUCCAGAGGACUAAAUCAAGACUGACUGAACACGUAUUGUUUGUGCGCCAUAUGGCAUUGAUAGGCAUGAUAAUGGAACCCAAACUAUGAACAAACACCUCAAUGCUGACCGCGCUACGGAAUUAAAUCAGGUGUCGUCGACAUAUGGCGGUAGAAAACAUUUGCGCAUUUUGUGGUCCACCAUUUGUGUCUUGGUAUUUCAUGCUUAUUUAGACCACAUAUUAGCCCUUUCCAGAACAAACUUAUGUUUACAGCUGCUGAAAAAUCUGUUUGUCUUCCUAUGUCGCGUUUCGCCGAUCCACUUUCCUAUUACUGUAGAUUGGGCCAUACCACUUAGGAGCACGACGCGGCCUCUCGCUUAUCCCAGAUUUCUCAGGACAGUCCCUGAUGUUGAUUAUGGAAUCUUCAUAAUGGGGAUUUUCUAUAUUUUACUGCACCUGCUCGGAUUAUACUCCCAUACAGCAAACCCUCAGGCACCACUUACAGACCAUUGACCUGGUCUCCUCACAGAAGCUCGAGGGAGAUAAUUAGAUCCCCUUGUGGAUAGAUUUAUUAAAAUGUGUCCUUCCAUAGUGAGUACAUCUGGACCUCAGUAAAAUGUGUGUGACUAGCAUUCCCAGGGGAUGGGAUUUGGGAAACGAUGACUUGCAGCCAGUGACGGACUGGGGCAUAAAGGGUCCACCGGGGGGAUGCAGUGAUAGGGGCCCAUACUUAGAGGUGUGGCCAGCCUCCACAGAGGCUUGAAAUACACAAUAGCCUAGUGCAGUGUAAUGCAGCAUAUCUACCAUGUAUAAUACAAGUGCACAGUCUGGAACCUGAUCCCUAGAGGAAGGAGUGGGCCCUCAGGCAGUAGGGCCUACCGGUGGUUUCCAUGGUACCCCUGUGGGCCAGUCCGACCCUGCUUGCAGCAAUUUCACCCCAUACCUCCCGAUAGUGCUGACUUUGCCAGAUUCCCAAGUUUUCAGUUUAUUUAUGUUUUAUUUGUCCAUCAUUGUUUGGAAAUGAAGUGAUUGGUAAUUAUCCUGGUGACCUUUAUAAAGCCGAUAGAAUCAACAUCGAUGUUUGUAUCACAAGUGGGCAUGGGGGCUCGGCCCCUGGGCAUUAUGCGUACCUUACCUCAGUGCCAUGAUUCCCACAUGCUGAUUGGCGAUUAAAGCCACCGAUCGAUCGAUUGUUUAGCAAUACAUUGGGGAAUUGGGGAAACUAGGCAUAUUGAAAAUCCCACACUCGCUGAUCUUUAUUGGACGGAGUCAGCAAAUUGGGGAUUUGCAACAUGUUGCAUUUCCCGAUUCCCCAGCGAUGGCAGAACGGGGAAUUGGGGCAACCACUGCAGAUGUAUGGGCCCCUUUACCUUCUUUAUGUGUCCCGGGGUCUCUAAAAAAUAAAUAAAAGCCAUACUGUGUAUCUUGGAUAAAUAUUACAACACAGCCGGGGGCUUGUAUCCAUUUAACAUGAGAUUGUGUCCGCAGUGUGUAAAUGUGCCUUAAUUACUGCACCACGAGCUGAGCAGACACUGAAGACUGACCCUGCGUCAUCUUCUUCCUGAAAAGAAGAGGAAUUGUAUGGUAAUUCAUACGCUGGCUUCAGAGAGCAUGAACUCCUCUAGAAACCGGUGGCGGCCCUAGAAAUCCUGCAAUUCACAAACCACUUUUGUUAUUUGUAAGUUUCUUGUGUUGAUCUUUUUAAAAGAGACGUUUUCCGUACCCAGAAAGCUUAGUUUCUUGCUGUGUGACACAAUGGACUUCUUUAGCUGCGUUCCAAUUGCACAAGAUACGGAGGCGAUUCUGCAUUGGAGUAGCGUUCUGCGUAUCAGAACGCAGGAUUUGUUUUAGCUGGAUCAUUUGUCAUCUAUUUUUUUUUUUCCGGAUGGAAAAUUUUACAAAUGUACAAUAAUUAUGAUGGAAACCGAGACUAGUUGCAGAACCUUACUUUGCGACGACUUAAUUUAUGAGGUAGAAUUAUGGUACAUAUAUGACGCUUGUAUUUAUUUUGCAGAUGGGUUGCGAAACUUGUGCCCAUUUACUAUGUAUACGACAGUUUGCGAAACUUGUACCCGCUUAAUGUACAUACGACAGGUUGCAAAACUUGUACCCACUUACUAUAUAUACUAUAAUGGCGCCCUGGCCCUUGUAGAGAUCACAGCAUCCUGUGUGGAGUCAAGUGCUGCAAAGUUUUAAUUUUUACAUAAAAAAUAUAUUUUUAACGUAAAUUUACCAUUUGCAGUUGGGGGUAAAAAUGCAAGUUUUUUUUUUAAUAUGCGUAGCUAUUAGAAUUGGGUAACGAGAAAAAACACUCACCCACCUUCAUCACAUUUCCUAAUGCCCCUCUUACGUUCAUCACCCCCGACCCUACACACUUCAUGUACGUGUCACCAAGAUCAUCAGUUUUACUUCCCUUUAUGAAUGUAUUUGUAGUUUUCCUAGUAUUUAGGGUAUUUUUGGGUCCUAUUACACAAUACUCUACUGUUUUGGACCCACGCAGACGGUUUUUUGUCAAUGCAUAGAGUGUUAUGUAAUACACUGGUCCGGCUGUCCAUCCUCUGCAAUACUUCAUAAGGAAACCAUCAAAACGCUAUUCAUUUUUAUAUGUCCAAGCACAAGCGUACAUGCCGUGUGGAUUUCUCUCCGUAUUAAUGGGAAUAUAUGUUUUUGUAUUGUUUUAUUUCUGGAAUAAAUUUUCUCAAUGUGAA